CAGUUUGAGGAAUGCCGCUCCUGACUUGUUGCCAUGUAGGUCUCUGUACAUGCGUAUUGCCACAGUGUUUGCAGUGUACUCGAGAGUUGCAGAGUCAUGUUGGUGCAGAAAUUCCUCCCCACCACAGCCUUUGGACGCCUGCCCGCGGCGACGCAGAUCAGCAGCGACACUCACAGCUCCGCACAUUCAGCCUUUUAACGUGAAGAAUGAGACAGAUCUGCUGGUUUCCUGACAGGACGGAAAGCUUCAGCCAGCGACUGCGAUGACCUUCUGCGGUUGGACAAGUUGUGCGUAAAAGUGACUUCUGUGAUACAGUGUUCUCAUGUGAUAUGGAGUUUAACAGCUUUCGGAAAAGGAUAACAACAGACAGGGUAAAGGAAUCCCUGCCGGGAUACAUCUGAUUGUGCAGUUACACACAUUCCCCACACCACUUCCCCUUCUCCUGUGGAACACUAAAUUGCAGAUGACUCUCUGAAAUGUCAGAAUGGAUUACUUUCAAAACCCUGAAAACUGUAAAAUCUGGACCAACAGCAAUUUAAUGAUCAUCAUUUGACUCGUGAUUUGGGAACUGUCUGACCUCAUUCAAAGAUUGUCAAUCAUGUUGGAGCAUGGAUCUGUGGAUGAGGGACCAGUCUACAAGUUUGUUUACCCACCAUGUUUUUGCAGCAAAACAUAUGAAGUGAACGUAUUUCAUGUAUCAACUGACUUUUGCUCUGCCUGCUGGUUGUGGCUGGGAUCACCAAUGGAUAGUACUGUUAUACUGUUCACAUCCCUAAUUUCUUGGGAAAUGUCUACUUGCUGAAUACAUUUUUGUGUUAAGUUUGAGGCAAAAUGGAGGAACUAAGGACGUCUGCUCACUGGAGCCUUAACAUUGAUGAAUUAAAGACCAAAGGAAUUUCUUCUGUUGAACAUCUGACCCCAAUGGGAUAAGAACUAAAAACUUUGAACUGUAGUUGACUGUAAGACUUAUAAAGUAAUUACUCAAAAAAAAAUCUGGAGUACUCCUCUUCCUCUCUUCCAGAAUGCAUUGCCCUUUGAGGAAGAAACGGCCCACACGUGACUCUGAUUUCUUGGCUAUCGCGGUUCCCUCGAUGCAUGGGUCCGGGUAUCUUGACUACACGGUGGAGACCCACGCUUCCAGAUCCCUCAAGGUCAUGGAGGAAUUCAGACGGCAGGAGAUGUUGUGUGACCUGGUGCUACAUGUCACAUACAAGGACAGGACAGUGGACUUCAAGGUCCACAAGGUGGUGCUGGCCUCCUGUAGCCCCUACUUCAGAGCCAUGUUCACCAGCAGCUUCAAAGAGUGUCGCGCCUCGGAGGUCACCCUGCGUGAUGUCUGCCCCCAGGUGGUGGGAAGACUUAUUGACUUUGCCUACACCUCCCACAUCACAGUGGGAGAGAAGUGUGUGUUGCACGUUCUUUUGGCUGCUAUGAGGUAUCAGAUGGAGGACGUGGCCAAGGCAUGCUGCGAUUUCCUCACUAAGCACCUGGAGCCUGCUAAUGUCAUCGGCAUCGCCCGCUUUGCUGAGGAGAUCAGCUGCACAGAGCUGCACCAGCGAAGUCGAGAAUAUAUCAAUACGCACUUCAGUGAGGUGACUAAAGAAGAUGAGUUCUUCAGCCUCUCUCACUGCCAGCUGCUGGAGCUCAUCAGUCAGGACAGUCUCAAGGUGCUCUGUGAGUCUGAGGUGUAUAAGGCCUGUACAGACUGGGUCCGCUGGGAUAUGGAGGGUAGAGCCCAGUACCUACAUGCCCUCCUGAAUGCGGUUCAUAUUUACGCCCUGCCUCCCAAGUUCCUAAAGAACCAGCUCCUGUCCUGCCCCAUCCUCAGCAAGGCCAAUUCCUGUAAGGACUUCCUCUCUAAAAUCUUCCAGGAUAUGACACUGAGAAAGCUGCCUCCUGCACCUAACCGUGGAACUCAACUCAUCUAUGUGGCUGGCGGAUACCAGCAGCAUUCACUGGCCUUCAUGGAGGCGUAUGAUCCCAGGACCAAUGUCUGGCUAAAACUGUCUGACAUGGGGUCUCCAUGCAGUGGUCUGGGAGCCUGUACGCUGUUUGGACUGCUCUACACUGUUGGAGGCAGGAACCUGUCGCUUCAAACCAACACAGAGUCUAGCGCCUUGUGCUGCUACAACCCAAUGACCAACCAGUGGAGCCAGCGAGCAUCCCUCAACAUCCCCAGGAACAGGGUCGGGGUGGGUGUGGUAGACGGAUGCAUCUAUGCUGUUGGAGGUUCCCAGGGCUCCACACAUCACAACACGGUGGAGAGGUGGGAUCCAGAGUCUAAUCGCUGGUCCUUUGUUUGCCCGAUGUCGGUGGCUCGUCUGGGUGCUGGAGUGGCAGCAUGUGGGGAGGCUCUGUAUGUGGCAGGGGGAUAUGAUGGGCAAAACCGCUGGAACACUGCUGAGAAAUACCAGCCUGACACUAACACCUGGCAGCAGCUGGCACCCAUGAACACUAUACGAAGUGGACUGGGAUUGGUGUGCGUGAACUCUUACUUGUACGCAAUAGGAGGGUAUGAUGGGCGGAGCCAGCUGUGUUCUGUGGAGCGCUACAAUAUAGCCAGGAACCUGUGGGAGCCCAGAGCCCCCAUGCAGUACUGUCGCAGUGCACACGGAGUCACAGUCCACCAGGGAUGCAUCUUUGUCCUCGGAGGUUUUAACCAGCACGGCUUCCUGUCAAGCAUAGAAUGUUAUUCUCCAGAAAGAAAUGAAUGGACGUGCGUCACCGACAUGCCUGUUGGACGCAGUGGCAUGGGCGUCGCUGUUACCAUGGAGCCCUGUCCCGGCAGUCUGCCAGAUCAAGAGGAGGAUGAGGAUGGAACCACAUAGGAUGAGGAUGAAAUCUGUUGAAGUCUCAAGUGUUGAACACGGUUGUAAGUGGUGCUGCUUUUCAAGAGAGGGUUAAGUGCAUUAAAUAACAAACAUUCCAGAAUGAAAACUCCUCAUAUAUGCCUCUAUCUCAUGGAUCUCAUUUGUAUCGCACCGUGGAGUACUGCAGGUACAGUUUGCAUGAACACGUUGAAGAGGAAGAAUUAUAUCUUAUAGGGGAACAGGUGAUACAGAAACACUUAUAGCAUGACAGUGAUCUCCACAAUGAACAAGGUGCUACAGAAGUAAUCUCAAAUAAUGGAACUAUUUAAUUAAAUAAUGUUAUUCCACAGCUGUUUUUAAUCUCUGUGUUCAAAUUUAUUUGUAAAGCGAACUAUGAAAGUAGCCUUCUGUGUACUAAUUUCUAAUUCUUCUUUGUGUUGUGUAUCUCUACCUCUGACUGUGUCUCUGUCCAAAUGAGCACUUUUCUUAUGUGUUGUCUUUAUUUUGUGCCAAUAUAGUUUUACCCAAAACUGCCUCUUUUUUUAUUGAUUUUGUUUGUGCCUUCACUAUAUUUUAUGUUGUGUUUCUGAAAAUAAAGAAUAAAGUUAAUCAAAUGUG